CAGUAACACUAAAGAAUCAUUUAACCUUCACCGCCCUACCAGGGUACCGGAGCCGGCAUACUACAUGCGGACGACGCUACCGUAAGCAGCCACUUGCUUUCUAAUUCGGUAAUACCUCCAGACCCGGACUUAGCCUGAGACAAGUCUGCCUGUACUGUCGGUAAAAGCCGGCCAGGUGGCCAAAUACAAAACAACCAAGACACAUGAAAAAAAAAAGAAAGUCCGUGAACGGUAGGAAGCCAUCAAAAGUGUCAAGUCAUAAUGCGUCCCACUGCACAUCCUGCCACACGAUAAUAGAAGGUGUAAGUAAAAGCUAAAACACUGUCAACAAUGGCGAAGAAGCACCAGUACGUCUAUGAAAAACUCGAGCAAUCAUCUACCAUUCGUCUUCUUCAUCUACAUCCAGGGGAACCAUCAGACAGUGUUCAGGUCUCAGUAACUACAGUGUCACUGGAUGAAAAUCCAGUAUAUGAGGCUAUUUCAUAUUGCUGGGGAAAUCCUCGUGAGGUCCACGAGAUCGUGUGUGGAGGUGCUUCCCUAUCUCCAACAGUAAGCUUGUUUAGCGCUCUCGUGGCAUUCCGCCUCCCAGAUAGAACGCGCGUCCUCUGGGCCGAUGCCAUCUGCAUCGACCAAACGAACAAUGACGAAAAAGGUCACCAGGUGUCGUUGAUGCCUCGUAUCUAUUCCCUGGCCACACGCGUUCUUAUCUGGCUUGGGCCUGAUGAGGACGGCCUGGAAGGUGUGGAAAAAACAGUGAGCGAGGCACUAGAGUUUCUUCCACCUGAUACGCACGAUGCAGCAGAGCUGAGUCGGCAGACAGAAGCCUUGGUUAACGAUAUGCUAGAGCGCCAACAGAAGGGUCAACCCGGCCUGCUGAGCCAUAAUUGGAAACCGUUAGCAAGUCUGUUGGAGCGCCCAUGGUUCCGCCGCAAGUGGGUCGUCCAAGAAACCUCUCUUGCUAGAGAAGCUAUAAUGUAUGCCGGGCGUAUCGAGUUGCCAUGGAAUAGUGUGGGAUUGCUCUCAUUCAAGCUGGAGUCCUUGGGCGCUAUACAACUCGCAGUCCAAACGCAGCAGAAUCGGGAGAAGGUCGGAGACAGAGGUUCAAAUGCAAGCGAUACACAGAGCCGCAUGCCGGCUCUCAUUCAGAAAUUGAUCCACAAUGCCACAGUGAUGCUUUUGAUCAAGCACUACAGCGGAAUGGGCACGUUGUUCGACUGUAUUGUAGCCACAGUCGGUUUCUUGUGCACAGACGACCGCGAUCACGUCUACGCAUUGCUGAGUUUGCCAGGACGGCCUUCAGGCGUUGUACCGGACUACAAACUAUCUAAGGAUGACGUGUUUCAACAAUUUGCGGCAAAAGAGAUAGCGGAGACGCAAAGUCUGAAGUUACUAGGUCUGGCACCGGACAAACUUCUAUUCUCGCGGCCGCGUACGCCAAGACUGGGCAUACCUUCAUGGGUUCCUGAUCUGCGUUUACUAGGUGAAAUGGAUACACUUAUGAGCUACAACAUUCGAGAGCAGCUCUUCCAUGCUGGAGGUCUCUCGAAACCCAUCAUCAGCUUCUCCGGCGGCGGCAAAGUACUUCAAUGCCAGGGGCGGGAGUUUGAUGUUGUCAAAGUCGCUUUGCCGACGUACAUGGAGAUGUGCCUCUCAGAGCGGCCUGAGUUGUGGGAUUCGCCCAUAGGUGGAGCCCCAAUAGAUUCAUCCGAAGCGUCCGUGCAGCGCAUCGGUAGAUGGGCGGUGGACCGCUACGAGCUUGCCGGCAGACCUUUCGAAGCUGUUCCCGCAGAUGCUGAGCGAUCAAAAGCAUUCACCCGCACAAUGCUCUGCGGUAUGACUGGAAUGCGGGAUCAACCCUCUGCUGAUACCAUUGACGCGUUUCCACCUUUGAUGGAAUAUUACACCGACAGGGCCGAAGGCAAGACGGCCGAUUACGUGAAAUAUCCCGCCGAUAAGCUCAAGUAUGUGGUCAGUCUGGAAAACGCGGUUUUGGGCAUGGCUGGAGGUCGUAAGUUUUGUGUGACAAGAGAUGGGAGGUUCGGACAAUUGCCAUAUGAUGCACAAGUUGGGGAUCGGUUGUGCGUGCUGGUCGGGGCGGAAGUCCCAUUUGUAGUUCGGCCAGACGGCCAUGGCAUGUAUGAGCUGAUCGGUGAAUGCUACGUGGAUGGCGUUAUGGAUGGGGAAGCUUUGAAAGCAAGCGAGUGUACAAUCGAAGAAAUAAGGUUUGUGUAGUCGUCCAGCAAAAUAUCUAAUGGCAUCAAGGAACUGAUACACGUUUCUUCAUCUUUCCGUCA